AGACAGAGCUUUCUUCUCUUGUUCAUUCUAGAGCAUUUUUUUUUUUUUUUGCUCUUUCUCUCUUUGAUUUCGAAAUUUAGAUUUGAAAAGGGUCCUGUUCUUUUGGCUUUCUCGGUAGGAGAAGUAGUGAAACCUAGGCGCCUGUGCGUGUCUCUGUGUUUCAUUUCUUUCUCUUUCCGUAAAUGGGCUGCUUUCGUUCAACAUUGAGAAAACAAUUUCCUGGAUAUGAAGAUCCUUCUUGUCUAGCUUUAGAAACAUCUUUUAGCGUGAAUGAAGUUGAGGCACUGUUCGAGCUGUAUAAAAGCAUUAGCAGUUCUGUAGUUAAUGAUGGUCUAAUCAAUAAGGAAGAAUUUCAAUUGGCUCUAUUUCAGAACCCAAACAAGGAUAAUCUUUUUGCAAACAGGAUCUUUGAACUGUUUGAUGUCAAACAUAAAGGAGUAGUUGAUUUUGGGGACUUUGUAAGAUCGUUAAGUGUCUUCCACCCGAAUGCCCCUCUAGAAGUCAAGAUUGAUUUUUCAUUUAAGCUCUAUGAUUUAGAUGGAACGGGAUUUAUUGAGCGUAAUGAGGUUAAGCUGAUGUUAAUUGCACUUCUUUGCGAAUCUGAACUGAAACUGGCAGAUGAGACCAUUGAGAUUAUACUCGACAAUACAUUUUUGGAAGCUGACAUGAAUCAAGAUGGGAAGAUUGAUAAAUCUGAAUGGCAUAGUUUUGUUAGUAAAAAUCCUUCACUGAUGAAGAUAAUGUCUCUUCCUUACCUAAGGGACAUCACCACCACGUUUCCAAGUUUCGUGUUCCAUUCCGAGGUUGAUGAGAUUGCCACCUAACAGAUUCAUACGUCGGUUCGGUAUUACUAUUAUGCAGCUGCAUUCUUUACCUGCAACACUUUCUGGUUUGGUCAUUCAUUUCAGAACUAUAUUGUAACCAGCGUUACUUUAAACAGUUAUAAAUAUAAUUCAUGAAAUUGAAUCAAUAAAAAAUGGAGAAAUUGACAUCAACUUCUA